UACUUUACUGCGACUGUGGGUUGGGGUGUGGAUCGGAGAAUAGAUACUUUGAAAAACAUCAGUUAAAAGGGUAUUUAUGGACUCUUGAAAAGGCUAUUUAAUAAAAUAGGUGCUUCUGUGAAUCGUUUAAGCUGAGGAAAGGCUACCAUCUUAUUUCUAGACGUGGACAGAGGAGGCAGCUAUGCCGCUGUGUUGCUAGGUUGGUAGUUACGAAUCGGCCAAUAGGAAUCUGCGUUGGAGAGGGGUGGGUGGGCAGUAAAGGCGAGUGGAUGACAAGCAGGACAUGUUAUAAACUAGUCAGGAAUAAUGGCUGGCUUUUGUUAAAACUAUUCGGUGCUUUUUUUUUUAAAUGAUGCGUCCAACGACUGAACGUGUGAGCUGCAGGAAGUUUGGAUGAACACAGAUAAAGGACCGAUUACUCCAAGCACACAAAUGCUCAUCAGACAUGGCCGCAGCCAACACAACUAAGACUUCUUGGAAACUGCAGGAGAUUGUUGCUCACGCCAGCAAUGUCUCAUCUCUGGUUCUGGGGCAGACGUCUGGCCGGCUGCUGGCCACCGGAGGGGAGGACUGUCGAGUCAACAUCUGGGCUGUCAACAAGCCCAACUGCAUCAUGAGUUUGAUGGGCCACAAUAACCCAGUGGAGAGCAUUCAGUUCAAUAGCUCUGAGGAGCAGGUCGUGGCUGGGUCACAGUCAGGGUCUUUGCGGGUAUGGGACCUCGAAGCAGCCAAAAUUUUGCGGAACCUAUCUGGGCACAAAGCAAAUGUCUGCAGCCUUGAUUUCCACCCAUUUGGGGAUUAUGUGGCUUCGGGUUCGAUGGACACAAAUAUCAAGCUGUGGGAUAUCAGAAGAAAAGGAUGCGUGUUUAGGUAUAAGGGACACACCCAGGCUGUCAGGUGUCUGGCCUUCAGUCCAGAUGGGAAAUGGCUGUCUUCAGCAAGUGAUGACAGCACAGUAAAACUAUGGGAUCUGACAGCUGGAAAGAUGAUUACUGAAUUCACAGCUCACACAGGCCCUGUCAAUAUUGUCAAGUUUCAUCCUAAUGAGUACCUGCUGGCAUCGGGCAGCUCAGACAGGACAAUAAAGCUCUGGGAUCUGGAAAAGUUUAAGAUGAUUGGCUCCACUGAAGGAGAGACGGGCCCCAUCAGAUGUAUAGCCUUUAACCCUGAUGGAUGCUGCCUGUACAGUGGCUCCCAGGACUGCCUCAGGGUGUAUGGAUGGGAGCCAGACCGCUGUUUUGAUGUGGUGCCUGUGAGCUGGGGUAAGGUGGCAGACCUGGCCCUCUGCAACAACCAGCUGAUCGGAGUGUCCAUCAGUCAGUCCGUCGUCUCCUCCCAUGUUGUGGACCUGAACCGAGUGAAAAAGUCAGGUUCUGUGAUUCAAAGUCUGGUUCAGGACGACAAGCCGCUCAGUGAGCCCCCUGCCAAGGGUGCUACAAUUCGGCGCAAUUAUGAGCGUCCACUCACAACCUGUAGCAAACAGAGGGUGAAGCAGAACUCGGAAAGUGAGCGCCGCAGCCCCGAAGGGGAGAGGCGCAGCCCCAGCAGCGAGGAGGAGCGCGACGAGAAGGAGUCCACCGCCGAGAUCCGCAAUGCGGAGGAUUACAAGGAGAUCUUCCAGCCAAAGAGUGCAAUAUCUCGCACCCCCCCUAAGAAGAGUGAGCCCUUCCCUGCACCCCUGGAAGAUGAGACGUUUCCAGUGAAGCCAAACUCUGCAAUUGAGAUAACUCCCAUUCCAGACAAACAUGCACCUGAGAUUCUUAAAAUACCAGCCAUAACAACAUCUACCCCUAUCAGUCGGGUGGAUCCGGCCAUAGCGCCCCCUACCAGUCGCCCAUUGCCUGCGAUUAACCCAGCCAACCGGCCAGUGGCGGGGAUGAAGCCUGCUGAGCCUGCUGUCAUACUCGCCUCACGGAAUGAACCCAUUGGGCUGAAUGUGGCCGACUUCCUCCCACCAGCAAAAAGUAACAAGCAACCAGCCUUGAACGAUGAUGAUGCCUUGACUCAGAUAAGAAAAGGUCAUGACACCAUGCGUGUGAUGCUGUCUAGUCGCCUUAAGAACUUGGAUACAGUCAGAGCUGUGUGGAGCUGUGGGGAUAUGAAGACUUCCCUGGACUCUGCGAUUUCCAUAAAUGAUCUUUCUAUUGUGGUCGACAUCCUAAACAUUAUCAACCUUAAACCAUCGCUUUGGAAACUGGACCUCUGCACAUCUAUCCUCCCCCAGAUUGAGGAGCUGCUGCAAAGCAAGUAUGAGAGCUAUGUCCAAACAGGCUGCACCUCAUUAAGACUCAUCCUGAAACGUUUUUGGCCCCUGAUUUCUGACACUCUGACUGCACCCCCUUCUGUUGGGGUUGAUAUUACAAGGGAAGAAAGACAUCAGAAGUGUAAGGCAUGUUACAAGCAGCUGAAGAACCUGAGUAACGUUGUGAAGAAUAAAGCUGGCCAGGUGGGACGGCAUGGAAGUGCCUUCAAGGAGCUGCAGCUACUCAUGACUCCUUUGGACUGAAAGUACUUCUCUCCCAGACCCUUUCCUCCUUGUUAAACUGUUGCUCUCUGCCAUGAUUUAAAAUGGCAAAAGCAAAGCACUUAUCACUGAGCUUGGAUGUUGGACACAGCAGAGAAAGCUGAUGGAGGAGUUGUGAUGCACUGAGGGCAGGGACUGUGCUCCGCUGAAUACCCACAAUGCUGCAGGAUCGUCUGAUGGCUCCAGGUGUUGACAGUUGUGUUUCAGUACCCUGUGACCAUGGGCCACACGAAGAUGGGUUUGAAAUGUGGCAGGUUUUUCUAUUCUUUUGUUCUGAUCACGUUUUAAUGUUUUCAUUAUUUUUACAUUUUCUGAGAUGCUGAGGACAUAGUCCAGCUUGGAUUUGUCAUGGGCAGGAGCAUAAAAAAUAAAACUAUUUUGCAAAGUA